AUGCUGCAGCCACGUGAUGGUGCUGUUCCACAGCUGAACCUUCCAGCAGGUGGACCGCAGCAGCACCAGCUGGCAGCUCCUAGUGCAGUUCCCCCGCAGAACCUUCCGCCAAGUGGACCGCAGCAGCAGGUGGCAGCUCCCAGCAGUGCAGUUCCCCCGCAGAACCUUCCGCCAAGUGGACCGCAGCAGCAGGUGGCAGCUCCGCCUAGUGCAGUUCAGCAGAACCUUGCGCCGAGUGGACCGCAGCAGCAGGUGACAGCUCCUAGUGCAGUUCAGCAGAACCUUGCGCCGAGUGGACCGCAGCAGCAGGUGACAGCUCCGUGUGCAGUUCCGCCGCAGAACCUUCCGGCAAGUGGAGCGCAGCAGCAGCAGGUGGCAGUGGCAGCUCCUGGUGCAGUUCCGCCGCAGAACCUUCCGGCAAGUGGACCGCAGCAGCAGGUGACAACUCCUAGUGCAGUUCCGCAGAACCUUCUGGCGAGUGGCCCCCCGCAGCAGGUGGCAGCUCCUAGUGCAGUUCCGCCGCAGAACCUUCCGGCAAGUGGAGAGCAGCAGCAGCAGGUGGCAGCUCUUAGUGCAGUUCCGCAGCAGAACCUUCCGGCAAGUGGCCCCCCGCAGCAGGUGGCAGCUCCCAGUAGUGCAGUUCCGCCGCAGAACUUUCAGGCAAGUGGACCGCAACAGCAGGUGGCAGCUCCGCCCAGUCCAGCUCAGCAGAACCUUCCUCCAGCAAGUGGACCGCAGCACGUGGCUCCGGGUGCAGUUCCGCAGAACCUUCCAGGUGGACCGCAGCAGGUAGCAACUCCUUGUGCAGCUCCGCAGCAGAACCUUCCACCAGCAGCAGGUGGAAUGCAGCAGAUGGCGGCUCCUUGUGCAGCUCCCCAGCAGAACCUUCCGCCAGCAGCAGGUGGACCGCAGCAGGCGGCAGCUCCGUGCGCAGUUCCCCAGCAGAACCUUCCGCCACAGCAGGUGACAGCUCCAAGUGCAGUUCCGCAGCAGAACCUUCCGGCAAGUGGACCGCAGCAGGUGGCAGCUCCUUGUGCAGUUCCGCAGCAGAACCUUCUCCUGGCAAGUGUACCACAGCAGCAGGUGAUGACAGCUCCAGGUGCAGUUCCGCAGCAGAACCUUCCAGCAGGUGCGCAGCAGGUGGCAGCUGCAAGUGCAGUUCCCUGGCAGCAGAACCUUCCGGCAAGUGGCCCCCCGCAGCAGACGGCAGCUCCAAGUGCAGUUCCCCCGCAGCAGAACCUUCCGGCAAGUGGCCCCCCUCAGCAGCAGGUGCCAGCUCCAAGUGCAGUGCCCCCGCAGAACCUUCCGGCAAGUGGCCCCCCGCAGCAGGUGGCAGCUCCUAGUGCAGAUCCGCCGCAGAACUUUCCGGCAAGUGGACCGCAGCAGCAGGUGGCAGCUCCGCCUAGUGCAGUUCAGCAGAACCUUCCGCCAGCAAGUGGACCGCAAGAGGUGACAGCUCCGUGUGCAGUUCCGCAGAACCUUCCGCCAGCAAGGACGCUCCUGCAGCAGCCUGGAACUCCCUCCAUUUUGGAGAUGGUGCAAGAGCUUGAAACGCAGAUGGAUCAGGAGGAGCCAAUCAGUGUGAAUGACACGCCCGAACCCCCGCCCCGGCUGAAUCGCAGCGCUGUGUCAACACUGGCUUCGGCUGCUUCCUUUGAUGACACAUCAAAGGACUUGGUUGCACCGGACACGUCAGCAGCACUGCUGGUGAAGGCACCGUCGCCGUCGCCGACUCCCGUGACGGCGAAAGCGAAAAGUGCGGCAAGGACGAAGCCGAAGGCUGCUGCUGUGAAGGAUGAGUAUGCGCUGCCGGAGCUGACCUUGCAGGAGAAGGCGAUGUAUGGCAACUUCUGGUCGCGGUACCGCUCGAGCAGCUCGCUGUCGUUGACCAGUGAUGCGGAUUCCGUCGACUCCGACAUCAGCCAACCUGUGCCGAAGGGGCCGCCGGCAGUACCCCAGCCGAUGCCGUUGCCGACUGUGCCGCUUCAGCAGCAGACGACAGCAGCUGCAGCAAAGCCGACGAGUGAUGCCAUGACGACGAUGCUGGCGACGGUUCUCAGCACGGCGGUGAGCCAUGGUGUUGAUGCAGCGGGGCUUGCGGCCAUUCAGCAGACCAUGGCCAGCAUUGUGGCUGCUGCAAAAGCCCCUGAUGCUGCUGCUGGAGUCGAGGCCGUUGACAAGACGAAGAUCAUCGACUCGCAGCCGGCUUUGCCGCCAAGCCCUUUUUCGACGCCUUUGCCGGCCAGCACAGCAGCAAGCCCUUCGACGCCUUUGCCGCCGGCAAGCACAGCAAGCCCUUCGACGCCUUUGCCGCCGCCGAGCACUGCGAGCCCUUCGACGCCUUUGCCGCCACAGACCGCUGUGACGAAAGCCCCGCCGACAGGACCUGCUCCUUCGACGCCUUUGCCACCGCAGACCGCUGUGACGAAAGCCCCGCCGACGGGACCUGUGGUCAACUCAAGCACCCACAGGACUGAGUACCGCUCGUUCCAACGCUUUUGCGAGAACUCACCGGGAGCAGUGGAGUUGAAGAAGGUGUGGGUGCAGGGCGGACCGCAGCGCUUGGCAAUGUUCCAGAAGUUUGUUCUGACAGGCUGUGGUAACCCUGCGGCUUUGGAAUGUGCCCUCCAGUUCCGCCGGCAGAGCGAGGAGGAGAACAAAGACGAAGGUGAAUAUUAUUGCUGGCGUGAUAUACUCGCCUUUCACGAGGGCAACGAACAGAAGGCCUUAUCCUUCAUUGCAAGACGCAGAGCAGAGCCCAAAGGGACCAGUUGCGAUCGGAAUGAUCCUGAUAUGGAGACAUUUCUAUAUUACGGCCGCCAGCGACGGACCCUGACGGUUCGUACGAUCGACGAAAUCGCAAUCAGCAUGGGCGUCUGCCCGAACUUCGCCACGUCCGUGGCGGCACAGCUGGACUCCAUGAACGGCGCCCUGCCAGUUGCUGAUGGGGCUACUUCUUCGGUGAACCCGCCAGUGCCGGCCCCCGGCAAGGCGGCUCCAAAGGGAAAAGGCAGUGCGCCUGCGCCACCCGGCACGACGACGGAAGACCCCCAGCCGCCGCCCAAGAAGGCGAAAGUUCCGAAGCCGGAGGGAUCCGACAUGGAGUUGAUCUGCAGUGGAGAGAACGUUGGACUUUUCGUGAAGUCGUGGGUGGCCGCGGCGAACACGGCCCAGGGGCAAGCCGUGAAAACGUGUGCAGAGUUGGAGGUCCUCGAGAGCCAGGAGGCUUUGAUGGGGAAGAUUAAGGACUGUGCCGAAGGCAUCGGGGCUUGUCGCAAGAAGCUCCAGCUCAUGGGGACAGAGCCAGUGGCCGCCGAUGUGCAAUCGGCCCUGCUGGAGGCUACCGUGUUUGUGGAGGGUUUCAAGAAGCAUCUUCGAGUGGCGAAUGAACACUCGGUUUUCACGUGGGCCGGGGAGCCAGCUCCGGACUUCUUCAAGAAGUGGCGUCUGCGGCCGUCGCAGAAGCAGGGGAUGCAAAUGUACCAGGUGGGCUGCGAGUUUGGGCGCAUCAGGGCGGGCACUGUCGACUGGCUGGACUGGUGGCAGAAGGCCAAGAGCGAGCCAUGGGGGAAUCAUCCGGUGCAGUCCUGGCCGGAGGAGGCCAGGCAAAAAGCGGUGGCCGUGUCGAUUCACGGCGAUGAGGGUACUGGGAAGAGGAGCAAAAGCAUCUUGAUCCUGUCGCUUUCGCCCUUGGCCAUCCACCGGGGCGACUCGAUGCUGCAGAAGUUCCCGUUCUGUGUUGUGCGAUCAGACAGAUUUGUCUACGACAACGGCCAGAAUAUCACGCUUCAGGCGCUACAGCGCUACUACGCCGAUUCCUUUCGGAUUUGUGGCGACCCCGCCAGCGAAGGCCAACACGGAUGGACCAUGCACCCUGUCAUAUCGAAGGGAGAUUGGAAGCACAAAAGGGAAUGGUUGGAACAAUGUAGAAGCUACGGGAACCUUGCUAGCAAUGCUCCUCGUGAGCAGAACGCCGGCAGAAUCUGCCCGAGAUGCUUGUGCGAUGGCAGCACACCUGGAAAGCAUUGGGCUGACAUGCGUGAGGGCUUCGAUAACCAGGCAGACUUGGAUGAAGCUUCGAAUGAUAGUAGCUAG